AUGGCCGAAAACCAUUUACAGACACUGGUGAAAGCGUUGAGAGACCAUGAUCUCACGUAUGAUCGCGAAGCUUUAAAAUCUGCGUUCGAGGAUCCAGAAAGCCAGACCGCGAUCCGGGAAUGGAUCGAGGAACAUCUUUGCCCGGAAACGGUGUUGAGCAGAGAUGAGGCUAACCUGUACGCAACAUUAACCAAGAGUGGAGAGGCAGAGGCUCUCGCAGCACAAGACCUCUCCCUCGUCCAAGACCUCAACGACGAGGAAAUCCACAACGCGAUCGAAGAGCUCAAGCGGUCCACCGCCGCUAUCGAGAAACAUACAGAAGUCUUGCGUCUCCAGCAAAAUGCUUUCCAUGCGCUGGUUAAGAGUGAGACCCGCACUGCUCAGGCCAGGACGCAUACAGAAAGGGGACAGCUGAGGAAGUGGGAGGCGGAGAAAGCAAGUAUCACUGCAGCGAUUGAGGAGUUGAGUCAAAGCUUGGUAUACCAAAUUUCGGAUCUAGAACAACAGGGUAAGACGCAUGACGCUCGUCUCAGGAUGAGCGUAGAUGGGAUCUUACAGUCGGACGAUAAGUUGCUGUUGAGUUUGGAGAAGCUGUCUGGAGAUCUGGAACAUGGGAGCGAAGGGAAAGAGGCUGAUGUUGGACGGAUCAGGGAGUUAUGUGCGAUGUUGAUUAAGCAUACUGUGGAGGGGAUACGGACGCGGCUUGAUAGGGUGUACAUGGAGGGACUCCGCGGCUCGGACCCGUCCAAUGGUCACCAUGAAGAGCAGAUGGUCAAUGAAUUAGAAGAAGAGCUUGAAAGCUUGUAUUCGGAAGUUUUGCCAGUGGCGCAAAUGUCCGCGGAACAGCAGUUUCUCGAGCCGGCCCUCAGGGCGGCUGCUGCUAUUGAUGGCAAAGGCCAGGAGAGGACGGUGAAGGCUAUCAAAUAUAUUCAUGAUUGCAUGAUUUUCCUCGUCAACCGCAUCGAGACAUUCCUCGAACGGGCCGAGGAAAGCCAAUGCCAUCGAAUGGCGCUCCAAGUGGUCAUCGACUCCGUGAAGCAAGAGCUCGCCCAUCCCUCAGCUACCCUCUCUAACACAAAGGGCUCACCAACUCGACCCAAUGCUACGAGAAGCCGUAAUUCAUCCGCUUCCCAACCGAACUUUCGCCUACGAAACAGCCGUCGCUCCUCAGGAGCCUAUGACGAAGAGGUCGCGCCGGAACAGCAACUUGCUCGAAAUCUCGGCGUGGCGCUACCAGCCCACGAUUUGCCUGAUCAUGAACGUGCCAGCCUUCUCGAGCGAAUGGUGGCGGAACGAACAAGCAGGUUGGAAGGCCAUGCAGAUAGUCUGCAAUCUACCACUGAGCAGUCCAUUUCGUCGCAUUUGCUCGAUGCGAAGAUGACGAUGCAAUUGCUGCGGGAUGCUCUCUUGUCGAAUUCGCAGUAUGGGAAAGUUCGACUGAUAGAUCUUGACCUGGACAACGCGGUCACGACUUUUGAGGGUGAUGUACAGGCUUUGCAGGAUAGCUUGGAGGCGGUGAACUUGCAUAAUUUGCAAGCCAGAAAUGUGCACCGAGAUCAGCUUGUUGAGCGGUGGUCGAGAUAG